ACAGCUUGGUUACGUAGCAGAAACAAGCCGCCGACAUGCCUAAGAACAAGGGAAAGGGAGGAAAGAACCGACGUAGGGGUAAGAACGAGAACGACAACGAGAAGCGCGAGCUCGUCUUCAAGGACGAGGGCCAGGAGUAUGCCCGUUGUCAAGAUGCUGGGUAACGGCAGGCUCGAGACCCUCUGCUUCGACGGCACCAAGCGACUGGGCCACAUCCGCGGCAAGCUCAGGAAGAAGGUCUGGAUCAACCAGGGCGACAUCAUCCUCCUCUCCCUCAGAGACUACCAGGACGAGAAGGGCGACGUCAUCAUGAAGUACACCGCCGACGAGGCCCGUUCCCUCAAGGCCUACGGAGAGCUGCCCGAGUCCGCCAAGAUCAACGAGACCGAUACCUACGGCCCCAACGAGGAUGGCGAGUGCAACUUCGAGUUCGACGAGGACCGCGACUCGGAAGACGACGACGAGGGCGCUGCCGGCAAGGACAUCGAGAUCGACGACAUCUAAGCCGCCUGCCCGCCCCCCACACACAGCCCGCCUUCGAUGCGCAAGACAAGCAUGGUCCACCUGGUCGUUUGUCGUCGUCUGCAGCUCGAGACCCUCUCGUCGUAGGCCGCCAAACACGAUCGGGGAAAGCUGUCUUCUCUCUCAAACCCAUCCUAUCCUAUACACACGCCUUGUCUGCUCU